AUGGUUACUAUAAUAAAAAAUCAGCUUCUGAAACACUUAUCAAGAUACACAAAGAAUCUGUCUCCAGAACAGAUUUCAUUGUCAGCACUUCGAGGUUCAGGAGAACUUCAAGACUUGACUUUGGACGAGGAUCUUUUAACAGAUCUGUUGGAGCUACCAGCUUGGGUGAGACUGAGCUCGGCGAAGUGUAAUCGAGUAGCAUUCAGAAUUCAAUGGACUAAGCUGAAGACAGUGCCUAUUGUUCUGAAUUUGGACGAGGUGCACAUAGCGUUGGAGGUGUGCACGGAGCCGCGCGUGAUGAACCCGGGCGCGGGUGGUGCGAUGCCCGUGCCCGGGAAGUAUAGCUACAUACAUAAGGUUAUAGAUGGUAUAUCGGUGGCUGUGAACCAAGUGCAAAUUUACUUCAAUUGUGAUGCCUUCACCAGUAAUGUUCAGAUCUCUAGGGUGACGGUUGAGUCCCGUACGCCGGAGGGCCGGAAGGGAGAUCUAAGACUGACUAGAAUCAAAUCACCCGAUACCGGCCAACUUUUAAUUUUUAAGGAAUUAGAAUGGCAGAGCGCGAGGAUAGAAGCUAAAGCUUUUGGAGACGCAGCGGCGAAUCUACCUCCGCUACGUCUAUUACUGGGCAACACGCACUGUAGGAUUGUCAUGAAGAAGCGGCUCUCCGACUGUGCGGUGGUGGCGUCGCGGCUGGUGGUGCGUCCGGAGCCGCUGGCGUGGGCGCUGACGGACGGGCAGCUGCGCGCCGCGCUGGCCUGCGCCGCCGCGCUCGCCGCGCCCGUGCGCCGCGCCACGCGCGCCGCCACGCGCGCCGCCGCCGCGCGCAAGAUCCAAGAGCCUCAAGAACAAAUUCAUAGCAGGUCAAGCUCAGGAGAACGAGAUCUCCUCGCGCGCAUGUUUGCCAAGCACGAUGUAAGAGAGACAUCCUACCACCUGCUCGCCCCAAGAAUAGACCUUCACCUUUGUGAUGAUCCUGGAUUGGGCAGAUCGGAAAUGCCGUCACUAGCGAAAGGCGGCGCUCUCCAGUUGACCCUCGUGAGCAUGCAAGCUGAUCUGUUCCCCUACCACAAGGCUACCGACGACCGACGUCAUUGGAGAGGCUAUAGGGAAGCAGCCACACCACACAGUCAAUGGCUAUCACAAGCUUUAUCGUCCUUCUGCACCACACUGCUGGACUCGUUAGACCCUAGACCACUAACUCCCAGUAAUAAGCCAACCCAUCAAGAGAAGACUGAAGUGCCAGUUUCAAACGGUCUCAAUCAUAAAGCGAAUGCUGCGCCUAAUCAGACUGCUACGUCUCCGUCCACACAUACUACCUCACAAGCUUCACCGACGCGCACGAGAAUACUGCAACAACUAGGCAAGUUGAUGACCACGUGUGUCAUACUGCGGAUAGACGAUUUCACCGUGAAUAAGGUAUCGACUGGGACCAGAUCUAGAGAAGCUCCUCGUCCAUUGGUGAGCGCUGAAAAGGCGACGUUACCUGGAGACGCGGGACUUUUGCAUGCCGAGUUGACCUUCUUUUAUUACCCUGGAGAUGUAUGCUUCCCCGUGCCCUCGCCGAAGCUGUACGUGCAGCUGAGCCCGGUGCGCGUGUCGGUGGAGGCGGCCAGCGUGGUGUGGCUGGCCGCCUUCCUGCCGCACGUGGCGCGCGCUGCCGCCACUGCUGCCACCGCUGCCACCGCUGCCACUGCGCCUAGCGACCAGCCGCCGACAUACAUCGACGUGCGCGCUGAGGCCAUCAUGCCCAAGAUAGUAUUGGAAGCGGGUCCAGAACAUGUAUCACAACAGAGAGAUCGUCCAAAAGAGUUGCACAUUUGUACAGCUAGGGCCACUUUCACCAACGUGCGUGAAUCAGCCAGGGCAAGCACUCGAGCAGACUUGGCGUCGCUAAUAGCGGCGUUAAGGCGAGCCGCGCCCCGCAGUGGACAGUUCCCGUGCUCGGCGGAUGACCUCGACCCCAUACACGAGCAGUUCAUACUACACGCGGACAGACUGGACGAUAUCGAGCGCGGUACGGCAGUGUGCGGAGAGAUGCUGUGGCGAGAGAGCCGCGACGUGUGGUGCGCUCGCGUGGAGCCGCUGUGGGCGGACUUCUGCGGGGCGCGCGCCACCAACUGCAAACCCGCGCCGCUGCUCGACGCCACGCCACUCACCGCCUGGAUGUAUUUCGACGAGGGUUUCUCCCGAAUAUGGGUGAUAGCGCGCACCUGCGGUCUCGCGGGCCUCCAACUGAACCACUACCAACUAUUGUUCCUGCUCAGGCAGCUGGAAAAGAUCUCCGAAAUGAUGGCCUGGCUGUCGCAUGAUGCUGCUAGGCAACCUGAAGGAAAUGAUGGGUCAAUAGUAAUGGGAGUGGUGGUGCCGGCCGUAGAAUUGACACUGGUAUUGCCGUCCAAUUGUCCGGGACAAGAGUCUUCCAGAGAUCUAGAUAGUGUUCCAUUAGAUUCUUCCAGCCUUCAAGAUCUCAAAAUGGGUUCUGAGGCGACGAUGGCGCCCUCUAUUCAGGAGCGCGACAUGGGUGCGGUGGCGCCGCCGCCAGUGGACCAGGUGGAGGUGUGCAGCGCGCAGCCGCUGCCCGCAGACGAGCUGCCGCCCAGCCCUGGAAUCACCUUCGGAGGAGGUUUUUCGUCGAUGCGUCGCGGGCUGACGUCACUGGUGACGUCGUUGGACGCGCUGGGCCGCGACGACUCGCGCAGCGAUGCCGCGUCCACCGCCAGCUCGGACAGCGAGCGCUACGUGCUGGUGGGGCUCGCGGCCGAGUCGCCCGACGACGCGGACGCGGCCUUCAGGGAGUUCGAGCACGGCAGAAUCUCCAGCGGGGUUGAGGUGGCGGCGGAAGUGGUGGAGCGCUCUUCAUCUCCCAGUGAUCGUUCCGUCACCAGCUCCUGUAGGAGACGCGACGUGAUCUCGACAUGCACAUGGCGAUUGAACAACAUCCAUCUAGUCCAGCAGAGCACCAACGGGAAAUCCUCUCUGCGUUUCGCCGCCGACGAUUUAAGCACUGAUGAGUGUUCUUCCAUACCCUGGGAUGAGUUUCAGAACAAAUUCUCAAUGAGAGCCCGCGCGUGGACGGAGCCUGUCACUGAACAGACAGAAAUGGAGACACGAGAUACUCCGCGUGUAUCUUUCAGAUUGAUCAGAACUGAGCUGCCCAGGCCGGUAGAUGAAAAGGGUGAAUCAACUGGACUAGCCCCGUACGAAGAGCUGUUGGAAGCUCGUGUGCGUGAUCUAAGUAUACCGCUCAACAUGAGCACCGCGUUAGCUUUGGCGGAGUUCAUCGAGGACGAAAUUUUAGCACCGCCAAUGCCACUAGAGGUGCUAUUAGAGAACGUGAAGCUACACCUGAUUGAGGACCGGCUCACGCGGUCGAUCUCGUCGCCGCCGCCGCAGCCGCUGGACGUGGAGCUGACGCGGCUGCGACUGACGCGCGACUGCGCCGGCGUGCUGUCGCUGGGCCCGCCGCUCGCCACCCCCUCCACCGUGGCCUCGCCCGCCUCCCCCGCCUCCCGCGCCUCCCCCGCCUCGUCCGGCGCGCCCGCAACACCCGUGCCGCAACACGACCACGCGACCGAAGCCAUCGACCGCCUCACCAAGGAGAACGAGGAGCUGAGGAAGCGACUCGCCACGCUCGCACGGAUAGCGGACGACAACAGGGAGUUGAGAGCGAUAGCCGAAGAAGCGUCAGUACUGAAGCAAUGCGUCCACGCUGCACAGCAAGAGGCCGCCAGCUUGUUGACCGACAAGCAGGAACUGUUGGAUACCGUCCGUGUAUUGCAGGAGCAACUGAACUUGUGUCGCGGCAAAAGGUAG